AUGGUACCUAGCUUAGACUUUAUACCAACAGUGGACAAGUGCUUCUGCCUCUUGGAGCUACCUAUAGGUUCCCUCAUCAUCGGCAUCGUGGAAAUCAUCCUGAUCGGGCUCUGCUGCGGCUACAUGAUUUUCGGCACAGACGACGGCGAAACCGCUUUGGGCGAAUGGUCGUAUUACUUAACGAUAAUCUUCUACGUGAUCUUCAUCAUAUCUGAUAUUUUCAUCAUUAUCACCUCCAUCAUCCCGAAGCAGAAAAACGUCCUCUCCUCCGCCGUCCUCAUCCAGCUGACACUGAUAUUCUUCCUAUUAGCCAAUAGCAUCAUAGAGUUCGUUGUUGGGAUCAUCCACGAUACGAAUCAGAAGGCUGUCAUAUCCUUCGUAGAGGAGGUCCUUCUGCUUCGGCACGAUGAAGACGAUGAUGACGAAAAUGGCCGAUAUGACGAAAAACAAAUAGAGCAGGAUCCAUGUGUAAUAGGCCCAUUCGCCCAAACAGUAGGUAUGGUAUCCACCCCAUCUGUUCCCGCAGCUGUAGCCGUAAUUGUGGUAGCCGAUGAAGAACCCAGGCAGAAGAAGUUCGGCGAUGCCGAUGAUGAGGGAACCUAA